UAUGUUCAGCAAGUUUUCGAAGAAAUGCUUGUUGCUUGAGAGAAAAUCGCUACCCGCGUGUUAUGCAGCAGUGGCUUGGUGUUUCGUACAGGAAAUUUGGAUUCAUCAAAUAUUACACCACACAAACAUCAUAAAGUUACUGGGCUACUGCAUACCCAACACACUGUUUGAUGGUACUGUAGACACGACGGUUACCAUGGUAACUGAGAUGGGGAUACCUCUCAACCUGUCAAACACGACAUGGGACCAGAAACUAAAGAUCAGUUAUGAAGUGGCGGAACUAAUGGACUUUGCUCGCCAACAUCCAAACGGCUCCGUAGAAAUGCGAGACUUUAAUAUGGGCCAGUUCGUUAUGGUGAACAACACUGUAAAGCUCGUGGAUAUGGCGUCUUUUAGAAUAGGAGAAAUGUAUUGUCACAACAUGGAUGACUGUGCCGCAAAACAAGGGCCUCCAAAGAAGAGAGCAUUAAGGGUGCCAUGCGUGAAUGGUUCUUGUGUAGGACUGAAUGAGAAACUAAAUGUAUGGGCGUACAACUCUCGUCUGCUAAGGGAAUAUAUUCUACCGGACGCUCCACUCAUCUUCAGAAGGAGGCUGAACAACAUAGUACAAAAAGCCGACAAAGGGGAAGUUGGAAUCGAGGUUAUAAAAGAUAUACUGAGGAGAAUGAAAUGAUGUUAGUCAGGCAUAAUCUACAGCUUCAAAACACUGAUAGACAAUAACAAGUUU